GCCGCGGCGGGGUGGUGGCGGCGAAUGGGAGGGCGCGGCAGGCGGUCACGUGGGGCGGGCGGGCCAAUGGGCGGGCGGCCGGCGCUGUCAUGGCGGACGGGGAGCGCUCGCCGCUGCUGCCGCCCGAGGCGGGAACCGGCGGGACGCAGGGCAGCGGGAGCGGAGGGGCGGGGCACGCGGAGGCCCCGCCCCCUUACUCGCCCUUGGGCAGCCCGGGAGGAGGGGGUGUGGCCGAGGAGGAGGAGGAGGGGGCGGGGCCGGCGGUCACGUGCCGCGUUUGCCAGCGGCCAAUCAGCGUGGAGGGCAAAGGCCACCAGCACGUGGUGAAGUGCGGGGGCUGCGGGGAGGCCACGCCAAUCCGCACGGCCCCCGCGGGGAAGAAAUACGUGAGGUGUCCGUGCAACUGCCUGUUGGUGUGCAGGGCGGGCGCCCAGCGCAUCGCCUGCCCCCGCGCGUACUGCAAACGCAUCAUCUCGCUGUCUCCGCUCCCGCCCGGCGCCCCCGGCCCCGCGGCGCCCCCUGCCGGAGUGCGCGUGUCCUGCGCCCACUGCGGGGGCCCCUUCCUGUGGGCGGAGCUCCCGGAGCGCUCGCUGGCGCGUUGUCCCCAUUGCCGGAAGGUGUGGGCACGUGGGGCCCCGCCCGGCGCUACCGGCCAAUCCACGCGGGCUGGGCGGCGCUGGGGGCGGGGGCGGGGGCGUGUCUGCUGCGCGCGGCCUAUUGGGGCUGCGUGCGGGUCAGCCGGCCCCUCCCCCCCCGCGCCUGACCCCGCCCACCCCCGCGGCCAUCUUGGAUUCACACUUCCCGGCCGCUCUGCCCCGUUUGGUGGCCACUUCCGGUUGGGUUGGGCCACCGAAGAGGGGACUUCCGGUGGGAAUGGCGGCCACCAUAGGAAGGCACUUCCGGUCCAAUGGGUCCUCUCCGACAGCCACUUCCGGUCCGGCAGCCAUCUUGGAUUGCACGCCCCCCCUCCACUCUCGGCGGCCAUCUUGGACUGGCCCCUCCCCCAUGUCCCAGCAUGCCCCGCCCCCGCAUGCCCCCGCCCCCUGCUGUACAGAAGCCCCGCCCCCCUGUAGAUAUUUAUUGCGAUUGGAUUGUAAAUAAAGCCCCGGACGCCUGGGUCCCCCCCCC